AUGUCUCUGCCUUGGUACUACCUCGAAAAGCCCACGCGAGUAAUCUUGUUAAGGUGUUACUAUGCGCUAUGCGCUUUCACUUAUCCAGUAUUUGUUGGAUUGAACUGGAAAAGUUAUGCACCCAAACGAGCUGAGGUACUAGCGGGAAAAUCUCUGAGAGAGGAGAUACUCAAUCCGUUGAAUAUUAAGAAAUAA